AUGAAGACGAUGUGCGCGAAGCGUGUGGCGGAUGCGUCAGGAGGUGAGGCGUCCCUGAACAUUCACGCCCUCUUCACCGCAGGAGCAGCUGGAGCGCACUUCGAGACCUGCGCGGAUCUCUGCGGGGAGGAGUGUGCUGGCUGCAACUGGGCCUAUGCUCGACAGUCACCCCAGGGCCUUUGCCCUGUGCCGCUGGGUUCCUUGGUGCUGGGUGCCUGGAUGAAUGAAACCUUCUGGAUGCCAGCGGACAUGCCGAGCUACCAAGCCGCCGAGUACGGCGCCGAAGCGAAGGGAAGUUGCCAAGCGGGGGCCCUGGGCUUCGAGUACUCCGGCGCCCUGCCCAAGGCCGCCGAGGUGAUGCGCCAGCAGCGGGAGUUGGCGCAGAAGCAGCGCGCCAGCAUCGCAGCGGCGGCAGCCUAUGACAGGCGUUUGUGGCACAAGUACUUGGCCAAGAAUGGCGUCUCCUGGGGCUAUGCCGGAAAGCCAGAUUCGGCGCCGGUCUCGCCCUUCGAGCCUCAUCUCGGCGCUGGACUGGGCCUCCGACGCGCGCUGCUGCUGUGCGCGGCGCUGCUGGCUGUGGCGGCGCUGUAUGUUUGCGGUCGGCGCCUCACUGCCUGCAGCCGCCAGAGCGCGUACGCCGCGCUGUUGCAGCCCUCCGAGGGCGCGGUGCUGGCGCUGUACUUGGCAUUGCUCUUGGCGCAGUCUCUCUCGCAACACCUCGCGGCUGCCUCAGGCCACCUGGCCUUGCUGGCUGCUUUGGCGCUGCAACUGGCGCAGCUUGUUUGGGCUGCAGCCGUGGUCCACCACACGCUGGGCCUCAGCAGCGUGUGGUCCCUCGAGACCAGGCAGCCACUUGCAACACUGGGCCUCACCUUCUUGCUGGGCUUCUGCUCGGCAGUGAGCCAAUGGCUAUCCUUUGUAAGCCUCUUCUGGUUGGACCCUGCCACGUACCUGGUCAUCCUGCAGGUGUCGCUUCGGCUGGUGGAGGUUGCUGCGUGCUCGCGGCAGCGCUUCUCCAGUCGGCACUGGCUUGCCCUGGGCGUUUUCGUGACCGCCGUCCUGUUGAAAGGCCUUAAGGCCGCAUCAGAGCAGGAUAUGGCGCUCUACCGGGGCCUUCUGGCUUUGCUGGCGCAGGUGCUGCUGUCGUCUUUGGCGGUCCUAUGCCAGCCCCUGCUGGCGGAGGCGCCGCAGCUCGAGGUGUUGCAGCUGGGGCAGAAGCUGCAAGGGCUGCUGGUUCUGCUCGCCAUCUUUGUGGGCCUUUCCUAUCCGCGGCCCUGGGGUACAGCCACGGAGGGCAUCGCGGAGGUGGUGGAGAGCGAAUGGAUCAUGACCUCCAUGGCCUUUCUGCUCGUCAGCAGCAUCUUAAAGUCUGAGCUGCCCGGAUCUCCAGUGGAGGAGCUGGGUGUCGGCAGCUUGCUGGUGAAGGUCUCAACGCUCCAGUGGUUCCUGCUGGGCUGGGGCGGAGGAGAUGCCUCCGACGUGGGUGUCCUUUUGUUAGGCCUACUCGCGCUUGCAGUGUGUCUGGUGGAGCGCUUGGCCACACUGCCCGUGGAGGAGCCCAAGCCAACUCCAAAGCCGAGAGCAGCCCUCAAGCCUCCCCUGCCCAAGCCGUCCUCCACCUCCAAGCCCACGCCGGUGGCGAAGUCGGCAGCGGCGAAGAGAGCCUUGGUCAAGCCGCCCCAGCCCAAGAUGAUGGGCCGCAAGUCCAGCCGCGCCAGCGAGAUCUCCACCGCGCCCUCCUUGCCCUCCACGCCCCGCCGCUGGGCUCGAAGAGCAUGA